CCGAGUCGCUUCGUUCCGCGUCUCACCAACCCCAGAACAAAGCUCGAACGGCAACCCGUUCUCGUCACCACUGCAACGAACCGUCAAAGCAAAGCAUUGGAAUUGAAUACCAACCAUGAUCAAGCAGCGAAACUUGGUCCUGGUGGUCCUCGGACUGUUCAUAGUCACCGUGGUGGCCGUGAAUUUAUUCUAUCUGCCGUCCAUCGGAAUCAGCGGUCUGGAAUUUGCUCCGUUGACGAACUACGCUGCUGCACUGGAAGMAUUUGCCAAACCAACAACUGACAUCUCCUCCGACAACCUGUACCUCGGACAAGAAAGSRGGGGGGAGGAAGCCGAAUCGCUGCCGCUGUCGUCGCCCCUUUCGACCGACCAGGCGGAGGCGGAUUCGUCCGCUUCCGCGAAAGCGGACGUUCAACGGGAAGAGACCGCUCCGGCCGGUGGGGCACCCGGCGAAAGGAUCGCCGGCCUCAACUGCGAUCGGUUCGGGGGUCCCCCGGAAGAAACCGCGGCCGAAAUGGUGUACUGGCGGGACAUCCCCAGCGAUGCGCACUUUACGAGCCCCUACGCUAGCUACGGAGACGAUCCGAAGUACCUCACCUUCGAACCCGACGAGGGCGGCUUCAACAACAUUCGAAUGUCCAUGGAAACGGCCACGGCAAUGGCGCAUGCCAUGGGAAGGAUUCUGGUCCUUCCACCGGAGCAAGAGAUCUACCUCCUCGGAAACGACRAGAAGAAGCACAACAAUCGCUUCACCUUCAAGAAGUUCUUCCCGUUCGAUGCCAUUUCCGUKGAACACAAGGCCGUAGAAGUUAUAUCGAUGGAAGAAUUCAUGGAGCGAGAAGUCUCGACGGGAAGAUUGAAGGACGAAAACGGAAACGCUGUCUUCCCCCCCCGCAACCAGACAUCGUUCGAAGGCCAUAUCAGACGAGGCCAGGAAAUGUGGCACUGGCUCCGAUCGGUUACCGUUUCUUCGACGUGCGAUUUCAGCCAGGGUCCCUACGUCUUUCCGAAGCAACCGGGGCCAGAAGGAGUGAAGGAGAUGCAAGAUUUGUUCAACAGCAUGGACAUGAACAUCCAGAACCACAAGCUCUGGAAGAAAUACGUCGGUAACCCGACCCCGGUGGAUGCUCCGGCCAAAGAACGGUUGAGUGAAAUGCUCUCCUUUCGAUCCAAAGUAUGCCUGUACGACGAUCAUAUGCAGAAGGCAAAGGUGAUGCAUUUCAUGGGCGACAACGCCUCGGGCGCCCGCUUGCUGGUUCACUUUUACGCCUUUAUGUUCUUCGAGGACUGGAAACAGGACCUCUGGACCAAGCGGUACGUCCGGGACCACCUGCGGUACAUCGAUGAGAUCCAGUGCGCGGCCGCCAGGAUCGUCGCCGCCGUUCGGGAAAGGGCGAUCGCGAACGGAAACCCGGACGGCGAGUACGAUUCGAUGCACAUCCGGCGGGGGGACUUUCAGUACAAGCAAACCCGCAUAGAUGCGAAGAGGAUCUACAAAAACAUCAAGCACCUCUUCCCGGCGAACGCGACCGUCUUUGUUGCCACCGACGAGCGCGACAAGAGCUUUUUCGAACCCCUGCGGAAGCACUACAACGUCUUGUUCUUUGACGACUUUGCCCACCUGGUGGYGGACGUGAACAAGAACUACUACGGCAUGCUGGACCAAAGGAUUGCCUCGAGGGGGAGGACCUUUGCCGGGGCSUAUUACUCCACCUUCACGGGCUACAUCAACCGCAUGCGCGGGUACCACUCGCAAAAGAACAAGCUGGAGGGCUACGAGGAGGGACGGCUCAACAGCUUCUUUUACGUUCCGAAAGACCUGCAGGAUGAAAUUAGCGUCUACAGCUCGCUCAAGGGACCGCUGUGGGGCAGGGAGUUCCCGGUGUCGUGGAGGGACAUCGACCACGACCUCAGCCCCUCGCAGCUACUGGCGUAGGCGGAAACUGGGGAACGAAGGAAUCCCGGUGGCGCUCAGGGGUAGCGACGGGGUUUGGUUUGGUUUGGCUUGGCUUGGUUUGGCUUCUAUUUUGUUUGGUUUCGUCUCUCGCUCCGACCCCGGAAGCAAGCACCCACCAACCGGAACGUCGCUCGCGGUUUUGCGUUGUUUUGCGCCAACGGGGCUUCCAAGGCUUCCCGGGUGGUUUGUCCCGUGGUAGAACCCGAACGACGCGUUUGUCUGUCCAUCCAGAGCACAGUGAAACUUUGCAAUACCACAGUUGCGAACGAAACCGUGGCUGCUUUUGCMAAAAAAAGGGAGCGCUGCGGGACUAGGUCACUAGCUAGACUGGUCCACGAGCAGCUACUAGCUCAUAACGCACUCUUUAUUGUAAACCAUGUAUUAUAUUAUCGUACGCUAGGGAGCCCAUCGUCACUUCACAGGCACUGCCAUAGUAUGGACCAAAGAAGAUUCGAAAAACACAUUUAUUCUCUCUAAAACAACAACAMAACCAUUGAAGGCCUUCUCUCCGUAUCAUUCGUCGAUGACGCUCGAUUUGGAUCAAAGGAUUUCUUCGCAGCCAAGGGUUUCUUUCCUMGAUGCCCUUAGAACGCAACGUUUUGUUUCAUCUUGUGUUCGCCGCCGGCACGGAACGCCGUCACGGGAGGACGAAUUGUGACCCAGACGAGAGAUUGUGACCGAGAUCGGACUUUCGAAGCCUUGCUUUCGAUUUCCCCUGUUUGUACGAUGCGACCUAAUWGUACCAAAAACGGAUUUCGAGAACGCCGCAUGCUGUUUGCGAAACGCCUUGGUCGAGGAUUCGGAUUGCUCCAGACGCAGAAAAAACGUCUAGAAAUAAUACAAAAAUAUUCCUACUAGUACAUGUAGAUGGAAUUAAACGCGAAAAUAGAUCACGUCGACACGGAGAGCCAGAGAUAUCUUUUGUCUCGUUCUCGGUAGCUGUCCUCGGAGAAGGCUGUGACGACAGAAGAAAAAAGAAAAGCAUUGCCGGGACGCAGCAAUGAAUUUUUUGAUCCCUCGGAAAAUCUCACGGCACCAUGCUUGGCGUGGGUUUCGGUUCGUCUUUGGUGCGAGUCGAGUCGAAUCGAAUUAAAUCGCCCGAGAUGGGUUUCUCUUUCUUCCUGUGUCCGAGGAUCCACCGGUCCCCGGGCGAUUCGUUCGGCGGACCCGCCCACGAACCUGCUUUGGCCGGGCGACGCUCAAUCGAUAUUGUGGUCGUCCAGCUUGGCGCCGGACCUCGUGAUGAUAUCUCUGUAUCGGCAGCUGCCCGGCUGGCACCGCUCCAGGUCCAUCCCGAAGCAGUUGAAGUUUUGUAGGCUCCCGGCACCGUUCGCGCACGAAUUCCCAACGACGGUCUUUUCCUCGGACGACGAGGACACCAGGAUGUCGAUGUCCCCGCCGCCGUGUAAUUUGAUAUCGAAGUCWUGGUUCUSGCACGACAGAAUCCC